UACAUAUCUUUAAUCUUGUAAGAUAGAUUAGAUUUAAAAAAAAUUCCUCAACGAAAUUAAGGGUCACAUGAUGUACAGUAAAAUUGAUUGGUCUAUUAUUGUUAUGGAAGUUGUUGUUCUAAAGUCCUUUCCUCUGAAGAGCCAUAUACUGUACGACUCUGGAUUGAAAUAGUUUAAAAAAUAGUUUGAAAAUAAAUUGAGGAAAAAGGACAUCUUUUUGUAUUUUAGGUAAGUCAAAUAUUUUAAGUUAAUGUUAAGAGAAUAUUGUACUUUGUAAUUUUUGGGUGUUAUAACUUAUGUUCUGACUUAAAUGUAUAUGUAAUUGUUUUAACUACAUGUAGAAGUUAUUUAAUAUAUUACUUUCUUAGAUAAUAACUUAAGAUUUGUUAUUGGUAGCACUUGGCGUAAUUGUUUAAACUUUUCGUUCAACUAGUCGUUUCGUUUAAUUUGAUCAGUUGGCAUAAUUUAAUAGAAAAGUAAACAUGGCGCUUUCUGUCAGUAGAAUUUAUUUCCGGAAGCUUUAUAUUGUUAUUAUUUGUGAGACAAAAUGAAAGAGUAAACUAGACAAAGCUUCAGUUGAAAAAAUAUUGUUUGAAGACAGAGACACACGGAGAUAAAUAUGUCUGAGGAAGAGGAAUUUUUAACCUUUAUGGGUCCAAGCGAAUUGGGGUCUGACGAAGUUUUCGAGAUGUAUUGUGAAACAUGUUAUAGAGAUGGAAAACACGCUAUUGCGUCGGCUUUUUGCACGGUUUGCAUUUCACACCUUUGCUCAACAUGCUUGAACUACCAUGGGAAGUUCGUACCGGACCAUAUUUGCUUGUUUGGGGAUAGCAUACCACAAGAUGUUUGUACUGAAAAAUGUCCAAUUCAUUCCAAAGAAAUUCUGAAGUUUCAAUGUUUUUCGUGUGACACAUUUGUAUGCUCUACUUGCAAAAGGAAUGACCAUAAGGGCACUUGUGAUUUGAAAUAUUUACCGGAUAUUGUCAAAGAUUUAGAAAAAGGGAACGAAUUUAAGCAACUUAUAUUUGAAUGGAAUAAGAUUUCAAGGAAAAUGGUCGAUAUUGAUAUAAAAAGUCAAGCACAACAAGAGCACAUCAACAAAAUAAGCACUACCUUGAAAAAUGGAAUAAAGAAAGCAAAGGAUUCAUUGUUUGACGAGUUUGAGAAGGAAGCUGAACAAAUUGGGGAGAGAGCAUGUUCAGUGAUAGAAUCAAACGAACAGGGAAAAAAAUGUGUGAGAGAUAAAAUUGUAUCUCUAAGCAAAGAAAUAGGAUGGCUUGACCUUGGUAUUUCACAGAUUUCUUCAUCACCAACAAAAGAAAAGUACAAACUGUUUAUCAAAAUGAAAGAUAUAAGUCUAAAGAUAACGCAAAUUGUAAAAGACUUUGACAUUUUAACAAAACAUACCACCAAACACAAUUCUUUUAAGAAUGAGUUACAAAAACAUGCAAAUGAUUUAAAGGAAAGAGUCGCUCUCUUUGGCAAAAAGGCCCGGGAGUUUAAGGUAAACACGAAAAAUAUAGUAGAAGAACCCAAGCGAAAAGUCGCACGCUUUAUAGGUGAUAUCAACGUUAGUACAUCAUUCGACAUCGGUUCUUGCCACAUUGGCGACUGCUGUUUAUUGUCCGAACAGUAUCUUAUAGCCAGUGACAAAACGAAUUCCUCGGUGAAACUUAUCGAUACCAAAGUUGGAAAUGUUAUUUAUGUACGAAGAAUCAGAACUGUCCCCGAAGCUGCCGCAAAGAUCACCGACACGGAAUUUGCCCUUGUUCACCCAUGCGACAACGACAAAGAGAAAAGUAUAAUUCAAUUUUUGACAAUGACAGACUCAAGAUCUCUUGAGUUCCAAACAGGGUUUAUUAUAACACAAAUGUAUUGCACUAAUAUUGCUUACCGCGAUAACGACACUUUCGUAAUUUCUAUGUGGGCUAAUCAUCAAGGUAAAGUGCAAAUUGUAGACAUGACAGGUCACGUACUGGCAGAUAUUGAGAACAACACAAAAGGCGAAAAACUGUUUAAAUGUCCAAACUACCUUACCAUAAAUUCCUACGGCACAGUGUUGUAUGUGUCAGACUGGUACCGUGAUUGCAUUACCGCCAUUAAUCUCGAAAACCUAGCAGUCAAGGAGUUACGCCAUCGGUUUUGGCACCCAGAAGGAAUAACGACUGACAAGGAAGGACUCCUUUACAUCUGCGAAUGCGGUACAAACCGCAUUCACGUUUUCCAUCCCGAAGAUAACAUUUCGCCACCAGAUGUUUUACUGGAAGAUACUUCUGCUAAUUGGCAGCCUUUGGCUGUUUGCUAUUCUUUGUCAGAUAGAAAGUUAUACGUAAGCCAGUACGGUUUGGAUUUUAUAAAGGUGUAUGAAAUUAAUGACUGCGUAACUUCAAAGAACUGAUCGAAACAUUACUGCAUGUCUGUGUGUAAUUGAAAACUGCUGUAAAAGAGUAACCAUAGCGUAAAUAAUAAAAAAAAUGUCGUGUUUAGAAGAAAAAGAAAGUAAGAGAAUUUCAAAUAUCCUACCUUAAAUCCUAAGACAUUAAAAUAAACAAUUGAUGAAAGUUCCAGAAAUGUGCCGCAAUUAUGUUUAUGGUAAUCAUUUCCACGCUUUAUAGUUGUAAGCAAUUGUCAUAACUUAUAUGUAUAUAUUAUGUGAUUAUUCUUGUUUAUGUAUGUUUGAAUAUAUACCAAUUUAAUUGUUUCACAACAAGAACAUGGUUUUGUUCUCAUUGUCAAAAAUAAGAAAGACAGAUCUAUAGAGGCAGAAGAAAACUUUGUAUUUUAAUUAUAUGAUUAAGCUAGACUUACCUGUAAGGUGAAGGUUAAUCAUGAUUUCAUCCACAUAAAACUCACUAAAGGCUCACACAGAGAGAAGACGCAGCUAUCAGCAGUCAGUGGUCAUAUUUUAGAGUAAGUAAUGUCGAAUAAUAUCGCAAAAAUAGCAGUUUAAACGGGGAGGUAGCGGGUUGGGUGUGUGAGCCCUUAAUGAGUUUUAUGUGGAUGAAAUCAUGAUUAACCUUCACCUUACAGGUAAGUCUAGCUUAAUCAUAAAAUUUCAUCCUACAUAUAAACUCACUAAUGGGCCCCACAGAGAUUUUAGAGUCCUUUUUGCGAUAUUUUGGAAAGGACAUUACGUGCCGUCCUACGCCAUAGUAAAUAUUUAUCUUCCAUAACAACGAUUUAAUUUCAAGACAUAAAGGUCUUUUUUGUAUUUAGCAAUUCGGUAAAAACACAUGUUUUUCAUAAUUUUACAGAAUGUAAAUGCCAUGCACAACUAUAUAGAAAGUAAUAAAAUACAACUAUAAUUAUUA